AUGGAACCAGAACGGCGGCGGAGGCGGCCGGCAGUCUCCUGCGUCCUCUGCCGAAGACGCAAGAUCCGGUGCGACAAAGAAUCGCCAUGUGGCAACUGCAAGAAAUCCAAGAACGCCACGUGCGUCUACCGGGACGCCCCGCCCGCCGCGUCUCAGACUCAGACCCGCCGACGGCAGCGGGACAACAAUGCUGUCGAGCCAAGUCGUCAGCCAUCCGGAGCCGAGCCCGCGUCCCCCUUAACUCCGAGCACUGGCCCACCAUCGGCCCCCUCGGUCGGGGGGCAAAGCCGCCCUAGACCGCCCCGGCCGACGACGACGCCGACGACCACCACUGCGACCGGACACGGCACCGACUGUGGCUCACCGCAAAGCGAGGGCAUGCUCCAGCCCGAGGCCAGUCGGACCUUGCCGGACAAGGCAUCUGUGUCGGCAUGCCCGUCCAUGGUCGUCGCUCCAAGCUCAGCCUCCCGCGUCCAGACGAAGGAGAUAGGCUUCUUGUGCGACUAUGCUCUGCACUGCGAGCUUCGUCCGGUGAAGGAGUCCCACCAGACGGUCACCAGGAGCGUCACUCACAAGACCCGUCUGUUUGGGCAGAGCCAUUGGGUCAAUGCCAUGGCACUACUCCAUGACAUGUUUGACUUCCUGGACCGUAACUUGCGCGACGAGUCGUCCAGGGUCUUUGCGCUGGAGAAACGGUGCAAAGCCCUCUCAAAAACCAUCAAGGCUCGUCGCGCCCCGCCUUGGCCCUGUCCGCCCACCCCGGAGCUGCCCGCCAAGGUGAUCGCCGACACGCUGGUCGAAUGCUACUUGACCAUCAGCGAGCCCGUCUUCCGCGUCCUGCAUAUCCCGAGCUUCAGGCGCGAUUACGAGGCGGUCUGGGACCCAACAAGCACUCAUGACCCUGCCUUUCUAGUCCAGCUCAAGUUGGUCCUGGCAAUCGGCGCAACCGCGUAUGACUCCGCCUUCUCCUUGCGAGCCUCCGCCAUGCGAUGGGUGUACGAAGCGCACACCUGGCUCUCGGCGCCGGAAUUCAAGUCCCGGCUCGCCAUCUCGUCCCUGCAGACCAGCAUCCUGCUCCUGUUGGCCCGCGAGACCGUAGGCGUGGGGGAGGACUUGGUCUGGAUAACUCUGGGAACAACUCUUCGCAUGGCCAUCUACAUGGGCCUGCACCGCGAACCGACAACCCUCAAACCAAAGGGCAUCACCCCGUUCGUGGCCGAGAUGCGUCGGCGCUUGUGGAACACCAUCCUCGAACUGGUGCUGCAGUCGAGCCUCAGCGCCGGCGGACCGUCGCUAAUCAGCCUGAGCGACUUCGACACCGAGCCGCCCCGAAAUUUCGACGACGAGCAGCUGACCGGCGAGGACCCCGUCCCGCAGCCGGAAGACCGGUUCACGCAGAGCACCAUCGCCGUCGCUCUGCGCAAGAUGCUGCCCAUCCGCCUAACCAUCCUGAAGUACACCAACGACCUCUCUUCCCGCACAAACUACGCCGAGACGCUCGGGCUCGACUUCGAGCUCCGCGAGGCGUACAAGACGCUCACCCGCACGCUGCAAGCGCACCGGACCCCCGCGGGCGGGCCGUCCGACCUCGCGCUGCGGUCCGUCGACAUCAUCGUGCGCCGGUACUUCCUGGUGCUGCACCUGCCCUUCUUCGGGCCGGCGCUGCGCGAGACCGCGUACGCCUUCUCGCGCCGCGUGGUCGUCGACUCGGCCGUGCGGGUCUGGCGCGCCGCGUUCCCCGCGCCGCUCGUCGCCACGUCGCCCGUCGCCGCGUCGUCGUCGUCGUCGCCCGAGAAGAACAACAACAACAACAACAACAACAACAACAACAACAACAACAACAACAACAACAACAACGACGGGGACCCGCUCGGCCGCGUCGCGCUGUGCGGGCACUUCUUCCGCACCAUCGCGAUCCAGGCCUUCGUCGUCGUCGCCGUCGAGCUCCGCACGCUCGUCCGCGACGAGCAGAGCCUCGGCCUCGGCCUCGGCAUCGGCCCCGGCCCCGUCGACCUGCGCCCGGACCUGCUCGCCGUGCUGCACGACUUCCGCGCCUACACCUGGCGCGCCAUGGAGACCGGCGAGAUGAACACCAAGGGCUACCUCAUUGCCUGCAUGGUGGCCACGCAGGUCGAUGCGCUCCGCCGGGGGAUGAGCGAGCGCGAGGCGGCCGUGCUGUUCGUGAAAACUGCCGAGGACGCCGAGCUGCAGGCUCUUGCCUUGUUUGAGCGCAUCGAGGCCGGGUAUCGGGCGCAGGCCGGCAACGCCGCUGGCGUGGGCGUUGAUGCGGUCGGCGGCAUGUUCCAGACUCCGCCCGAGCUCGCCCCGGAGGAUUGGGAUUAUAUGGUGUCGGAUUUCUCGGAUUUCUUCUUCAACCAGCCCGGCCCCGAACCUACGACCUGGAUGUUUCCGUCAAACAUUGGGUAG